CACUUUCGUACUGUUUUUUGACACGCCUUCUCGAUAAUCGUUUAAUUUUUAAUUAAAUUGUGUGUGAUUUUGUGUGUUAUUCAUCAUUAUUUGACACCAUGACGGACACCUACGGAACCCUGCCAACUGGGGGCAUAACCCUCAAAUGGGACCCCAAGAACCUGGAGAUCCGCACCACGUCGGUGGAGCGGACCCUGGAGCCCCUAGUGCUCCAGGUCACCACGCUCGUGAAUAGCAAGGACAAGCAGGCUAAGAAGAAGAGACCCGGCAAGUCCAAGCGCGCGAGCGCUCUAGUGGCCACCGUGGAGCGAGCCACCGAGAUCUUCAUAGAGCGGGGGCAGACAAUCGCCUACGAGAACCCUGAGAUCACCAGGGAGAUGCUGGCUGCCGUAGAAGAAGUCAGGAAGGCUGGUGCGGCCAUGAGUCUAGCAGCGCGCGAGUUCUCCGAGGAGCCCUGCGCCUCAGCGGUCCGCUCCUCCAUGGUGCGCGCUGCCCGCAACCUGCUGUCAGCCGUGACCCGUCUCCUGAUCCUGGCCGAUUGUGUGGACGUGCAUCAGCUGCUGUCCCGCCACCGGGCCGUGGAAACCGAUCUUGACAAGCUGAAGUCGGCCUCCUCGCAAUCGGAGCUGGUGGAGUGCUCGCGGCAGCUGGGCCGCUCGGCCGCCGAGCUGGCCGCGGCCGCCGCGCGGCGCCAGCACGAGCUGAAGGAGCCGCGCAUGAAGGACGAGCUGGCCGCCGCCCGCGCCGUGCUCAAGAAGCACUCCACCAUGCUGUUGACGGCUUCCAAGGUGUACGUCCGCCACCCGGAGCUGGCGGCGGCCAAGGCCAACCGCGACUACGUGCUGCGCGCCGUGUGCUCCGCUGUCGACACUAUAGCCUGCGUGGCCCAAGGCAGAGCCCUGCCCAACACCACGCCUGCUGGAGGCAACGCCCGCCCACCAGUCGAAGGCCCCGGCGAGCUCGCCCAAGCCCUGGACGACUUCGACGAGCGCAUGGUCAUGGAGCCCCUUGCGUACUCCGAGCUGCGGACCAGACCCUCGCUGGAGGAGCGGCUCGAGUCCAUCAUCUCCGGAGCGGCGCUCAUGGCGGACAGCUCCUGCACCAGGGACGAGCGACGCGAGCGCAUCGUGGCGGAGUGCAACGCGGUCCGGCAGGCGCUGCAGGAUCUACUGCACGAGUACAUGACCAACGCCGGAAAGCCAGAGCAGUCUUCAGGCCUCGAGCGCGCCAUUGAAAACAUGUGCCGCAAGACCCGCGAUCUACGUCGGCAGCUGCGCAAGGCCGUCGUCGACCACGUGUCCGACAGUUUUCUGGAGAGCAACGUGCCCCUCCUGGUGCUGAUGGAGGCCGCCCGCAACGGCCACGAGAAGGAGGUCGAGGAAUACGCCAUCGUCUUCACUGAACACGCCAACAAACUGGUCGAGGUGGCUAAUCUUGUGUGCUCGAUGUCGAAUAAUGAAGAUGGCGUCAAGAUGGUGCGCCAUGCCGCUGGUCAGAUCGAGGCGCUUUGCCCGCAGGUAAUCAACGCAGCCCGCGUGCUCGGCGCCCGGCCACGCUCCCGCGUCGCUCAAGAGAACGCCACCGCCUUUGCGCGCGCCUGGGAGCAGGCGGUGAAGCUGCUCACCGAGGCCGUCGACGAUAUCACUACCAUCGACGACUUCCUCGCCGUCAGCGAGAACCAUAUCCUGGAGGACGUGAAUAAAUGUGUGGUGGCGCUGCAGGAGGGGGACCCGGACUCGCUCGAGCGCACCGCCGGCGCUAUUCGCGGCCGCGCCGCCAGGGUGUGCUCCGUGGUGACCCAAGAGAUGGACAACUACGAGCCGUGCAUCUACACCAAGCGCGUGCUAGAGGCCGUCACCGUGCUCAGAGACCAAGUGAUGUCGAAGUUUGCGGUGCGCGUGGACGCGGCGGUGUCGGCGCUGGGCGGCGGCGCGGGGCUCGACGAGAACGAGUUCAUCGACGCGUCGCGGCUCGUGUACGACGGCGUGCGCGAGAUACGCCGCGCCGUGCUCAUGAACCGGGAGGAGGAGGAUCUAGACCCUGAGGAUGUGGAGCUAGAUGAGCACUACACUCUGGAGACUAGGAGCAAAUCGAGCGCGCACACCGGCGAACACGGUGUGGACGAGUACCCUGACAUCAGCGGCAUUACCAACGCCCGGGAAGCGAUGCGCAAGAUGACAGAAGAGGACAAGCGCAAGAUCCUGCAGCAGGUUGAGCUGUUCCGGCGCGAGAAGAUGACGUUCGACAACGAGGUCGGCAAGUGGGACGACGCGGGCAACGACAUCAUCACGCUCGCCAAGCACAUGUGCAUGAUCAUGCUCGAGAUGACAGACUUCACCAGAGGCCGCGGUCCUCUGAAGACCACGAUGGACGUAAUCAACGCCGCCAAGAAGAUCUCCGAGGCCGGCACCAAGCUGGAUAAACUGACGAGGGAGAUCGCCGAACAGUGCCCAGAAUCUUCGACCAAGCAAGACUUGCUCGCAUACCUGCAGCGCAUCGCUCUCUACUGCCACCAGAUACAGAUCACGAGCAAAGUGAAGGCCGACGUCCAGAACAUCUCUGGGGAGCUGAUCGUCAGCGGGGCCGACGUCCAGAACAUCUCUGGAGAGCUGAUCGUCAGCGGGCUGGACAGCGCGACGUCGCUCAUCCAAGCGGCCAAGAACCUGAUGAACGCCGUGGUGCUGACCGUGAAGGCGUCCUACGUGGCCUCGACCAAGUACACCAGGCAGGGAACCAUUGCUUCCCCGAUAGUGGUGUGGCGCAUGAAGGCGCCGGAGAAGAAGCCCCUGGUGCGGCCGGAGAAGCCCGAGGAGGUGCGCGCCAAGGUGCGCCGCGGCUCGCAGAAGAAGCAGCCCAGCCCCGUGCACGCGCUCGCCGAGUUCCAGUCGCCCGCCGAGAGCGUCUAGUGUGGAGAGGCUGAUUACCAGCACGCGUCAGCAUCACGAAGUAGAAAAUUAUAAGCAUUUGUUCAACAUUAAGCUCAUAUUUAUAUUCCAAAAGUGUGAUUUUCUUUUAAUGUAUUGGAAAGAUAUUUUUUUAUAAUUUUUAUUCAAAUUAUUUAAUCUUAUUUCGAUGAGAAAUAUGUAAUCACAUACUCUAUUAGUUUUAUAUAUGUUGUUUAUUAAGGCCACAUAUAACCAUUGCGAGUUAUACGACUUGCUACUUUAAAUGAUAUAAUGGAUAACAAGAUUUACAAGCAUCACAUAUGCAGCUCAAUCUGAAAAUAUAGAAAACGGUACUAAUUUUAACAGUAUUAUUUGACAAUAAUAUGACUUAUUUAGUAUUCAUACUUACUUUUACACGUACGUACGUUUACGUACUUUUUAUACGUACUUUUUUGUCUUUUGCUUCGGCUAUCUGUGCCCGAAUCAUUUAAAAUAAAAAUAAUAAUACAGCAAAAAACCAGGAGUAUUUUAACAUUAGGUUAAAAGGUUAAAAUUAAAGUAUGUAACCCAAUUAAUUUUGUAUUAAGCAAAGGCGUCUACUAACGAUACCACAAUGAGGAAAAUAAAUAUUACCUCGGACGAAACACGAACCCGCGACUGCGGUAUAAAAGCUCGCUCUACCAACUAAGCUAUCGAGACUCACCCAAAGCACAGUACUUUUGUAAGUAACUUUUACAUUUUUUUACCUACAUUUUCAUAUACAUUUGGUUAUAUAUUUCUCAUCCUUUAGUUUUAAGUAUGAUUUGCGUUUUAUUGUAACUGAUACAAGGAAGCCAUCGAUGAUUGUGUGACGCCUAACGUACAAUAAGGCAGCCAAAUUAUAGGUCAGGUAGAAUUUUGUAUCCCCUAGGUUAAUGUGACGUUUCCAAGCAAAAGGUACCAGUUUGGCGCUUACCAUGAGGGCGAAAUUUGAUUGUGUAUACGAAUAACUUGUCAGAGCGUCCUUAUGGCAAGCGACAAUGUGGUACCUUUUACUUGAGAACGACACAAAUUAUACUUUACACCGUUACAACAAUAGCUAUAAAGUGAAAAAGGAAACAAUUCGAGACAUUUCUUUUUUUUUUCAAAGAUAAUUUGAUCAUCCUACUAAUAUGCUAAUUAGAUGACCCGUUACGGAAAGGAUAUUUGCCAUAAAAAAAUGUAUGUUGAUUUGUUUUAAACACCACAAAACAGGGGUUUUAAGAGUGACCCAGGAGACCGUAACCAUGGCAACGGGUGACAAGAAAAAUCUGAUUCACCAAAAGUUAUUUACGAUUAAAAAACAAUGAAAACCCUGAAAACGGGACAGUAUUUAUUGAAAUUUCCGCACAAUAGUGACCCGUUUCGACUGAUUUAACGCGUAGUUUGUUUUAACGGUGUAAAGUUUGUAGCAUACUUAAUAUAACUAUGAAUUAACGAAUGUAACGAAAAGUAUUAAAAUUUAUAUUAAGGUUAAGAAAGAGCUGUUCGUUUAAUUGUUAUGACAAUUUAUUUAUAUUUUAUGGUAAGGUUACUUAAGCUUACUAAAGUUUUGUUUGAUUUUUCUUUUAAUUUCAAAUGUAUUAUUUCAACUAUUUCAAACAUUAGAACACUAAACACUUUCGCUGCGGCAAUUUGUUAAACUCCGUUAAUACUGCAUAGGACAGAAUCGACUCGUCGCAGCGAACGUGUUAACCUAGGCUUUCUCAGCUUAGUAGUCUGUGCCCUAAAGUAUUUUUUUGUAACCAUGGUAACUCUAGGUUUAACCGGUUAACCCCGGGUUACUGGAAUGGUGCAAGUGGCCCUUAGUUUAACAAAACUUCCAAAGCCCGAUUUGAAUAAAAGUUUUUUAUAACGAAACCGAAAUUUUAGAAGAAAAAAAGCGUCAAAUACGUGACAUAGAAUUAAAAAGUUAACCGAUAUGUUUAGUAAUCCAUUGCAUUAAAAACUUACAUUGACAGCUGAUAUAGAUGGCGUUAUACGACUCCGUACAUAAUGCGGCAGCUGGCUUCUAAAGUUGACUGGUGACAAUCCAGUGACACAAAGUCCACAAAACAUGACGCAGUACAGCGCCAUCUAUUUCAGCUGGCAAACUGAGGGCACGAUAUUUUCAUAGACUCUAAAUCAAUAUGUUGAUGGAAAGGGACAGAAUAUAUAUCUGUAUCUUCUGACGCAUUUAUUUUUUAUAUUUCAUGAGAUUUUUAUUGACAAUACUCUAAUAAUAAUGCUACAUAUUUAAGUAGUGAUAUAAUCAUUAUUUUGUUUAAUUUUAAGAGCAGCUCUCAAAUUUCACUAUCAGAACUUAGAUAUAUGUAUUUAUUAAGAUAUACAUAGCAAUACUUUAUAUCGAUAGUUUACUUCAUGCAACCGUUUAUUUAAUAUGUUUAGAAGUACAUUUUUAACCUUUUUUUAAAGAAAUACAUAGGGGUAUGUAGUUAAAAUCAGUACUUACCGGGAGAUGAAAUAAUGAAAUGUAUAUUUUUAUUUUACUUAAAUAUGCAGGCUUCUAAGCAUGACGAUGACUGGCUGGAGAACCUUAAGCGGAAAAGUCUUCGUCGUGCUCUACCACCUCCUGCGGACUCGCGUUUUGUGUGCGAUCGAUGUGGCAAGAAAUGCCGCGCUGCUAUAGGACUUUAUAGCCAUCAACGGCGAUGCGGGACCCAGUGGCGGAUUUGCAGUCUUUGCCGCCCUAGGCCCCAAGCCUUGUAGCCGCCCCUUUCUCAGCAUCAGCACCCAUCAUAUUGACUACAUUUACGAGUAGAUCAGGCAACGGAAAGAUAUAUUAUAGAGGGAAAUGCUUGGGACACAUUUUUUACUUAGUAACUUUUUUGGACUCGUUAGGAGGUGAACAUAUCAAAAGUUGGGGGGUUUGGUUUGAAGGUCACAUUUUUCGGUUUUUCGCUUAUUAUAUCUUAGAAACUAUACGUCCUUGUGACAUGAUCAUAGGAACAUAGGUUUUAUGAAAAAAAUAAGCAAAUAUUUAUUCAUUUUAAGUGACAGUUUUACCAAUAACAUUGACUUUCAUGUACCUACAAAAACAUUAAAAACUAUUUUCUUGAAUAACUGCUAAACUAUUUAUCCUAAAAUUGUAAAAAAACUGAGAUUCUUACAAUGAGCUCUUUAAUUUGAUAUGUAACACGAUAUAGUUUGAAAAACUUUAUUUUUAAAUUUUCUCAUUUACCCCCCAAAAUAUGGAGGCCAUAUUUAAAAUUCAUUUUCAUCACACUCGCUCAGUAAAUGUGGAAUUGCACGUAGGCGUAGCGGGAGUUAUAGAAAAUUCGUUUUCCCUAGGGAGUUAUGAAGUUUCUAGUGCCAUAAUUAACAGUUUUUUGUCUUUAAACUUAUUUUUUGUAUCGCAAGUGUGAGGAAAAACAUUGUGUAUAUCUCGGGGCGUAAUAAUAUUGCAAACUCGAGCCUAUAAAUCGCUCCGGCAUGCCGUCGCGAUUUAACUUACUCUCGUUUGCAAUAUUCAACUUACACACACCCAUGAAUAUAUUAUAAUAAACCCACCCAUGUUGCACAAUGUACUAUUAUUUACGUUACACGUCCAUCUUUGGGUCACAAACUUACAUAUGUGUGCCAAAUUUCAACUUAAUUGGUCCGGCAGUUUCGGAGACCUCUCUCUUCCCCUGGCUCAAGGGCUACGGCCGGGGACUUUUGAUAUGUUCACCUCCUAGAUAGUUCAAAUAAAAAUAGGUACAAAAAUAGGUACAAAGUCAAAAAUUGUGUUGCAAGCAUUUCCCUCUAUAGGUACUUUUUUGAGAAUUUGUUGCCUGGUCUAAUUUUGAGUUAUUUUUUGUUAUCAUCAGCGAAUUUUUUGUCACAAUUUGCCGCCCCUAAUAUCUUGCCGCCCUAGGCCCGGGCCUACUGUGCCUUAUGGGAAAUCCGCCACUGGCGGGACCCCAUAAACACACAAGCGCCGCAACAAACAUCUACAACAGAUGUGGCCAAUGAUGAUGACUUAAAUCAGGCGCGGAUCCACCGUUGUGGGCACGGUGGGCAUGCCCACAACCCUAAUAGGGUGCCCUAUUGAUUCCCCGGGUAGAAUUACGCCGAUUUUUGUAUCGCUUUGACUAUCGACUGAAGGUUGCUUGAUGAAAAGAUUACUCUACCAAAUGAAAUUCUUCUAAUGAUUGGUCUGCUAAUUUACACAGAAGCGAACUGAAUGAUAUGUGAAUCAAGAGUCUACCAAAAGUUAGUCGACCAAAAGUUACAUCUACGAAUAAUUGACUCUACGAAACCAUUUUUGGCGAAACGUUAAGGGGCUCCCCCACGCCAAUGACCUUCGAUCUGAAUCCCUUAGUUUUCUAAUGUUUUUUGUAGCUUAUCAUAUUAACAGCAACGGCUUUAAGCAAUAUAGUAUCCCAUAUUUACUUUAAAGUUCAUUGUUUUCGAGAUAUUUGGCAUCAAAGUUGAACAAUUUUAGACUAAAAAACUGGUUUUAUGGCCAUAACUUUUGUGUUAAUUAAUUUAAAAUUAAAACCUUGGACACGAUUUUCGAGACUUCAAAGACGAACCCAAAUAUGUAGAUUUCGUACAUGUAAGAUCCUUCACUGCAAACUAGAUACGAAAAAAGUGUUUUUUUAGACAACGUUUAAAAAAUUCAUAAAAAAAUAAAUAUUAUUUUUUUUCGAAAUCCGGUGGACAAAACCGGAGAUAAAAGAUUGAAGAGCCGAUAGCCGUUUGUCUUAUAAUUCUAUCUGUAGUGCAAAAAAAGGAGAUACGAUUCAAAACUUGU